GCAAACGAUGCAGAAGGCGGAGAAAGACGGAAGAAAACCCCAGUGCAAACAGUACCUGCCGCCCGCCGGUAUCCUGAGUUUUAAGUCAUGUCUAAAAUCAAAAACAUAGUGUGGCCCCAGGUUAUCCUGUUUGGCGACUCGAUCACCCAGUUCUCCUUCGAACCCAAAGGCUGGGGCUCCGCUAUAGCCAACAGACUCGCCAGAAAAUGCGAUGUGGUCAACCGUGGGCUGUCGGGCUACAACACCAGAUGGGCCAGGAUGGUUCUGCCGAGGAUCGUCAACAGCAGCACCGUGGACGCCAGCAACAUCGCUGCCUUCGCCAUCUUCUUUGGCGCCAAUGACAGCGCUUUGAAAGAGCGGAACCCCCAGCAGCACGUGCCCCUGCCGGAGUACCGCGAGAACCUGCGCGGCAUGGUGCGCCACCUGGGCAGCCUGGGCGUCUCCGCGGACAGGGUCAUCCUCAUCGCCCCGCCGCCCCUCGACGAGCCCGCCUGGGAGGAGGAGUGCCGCCGGAAAGGCAGCCCUCUGAACCGCCUCAACGCUGUGACUGGGCAGUAUGCUGAGGCCUGUGUCCAGUUAGCGGCAGAGUGCGGGACUGACAUUCUGGACCUGUGGACUCUCAUGCAGAAAGACGGGCAGGACUUCUCCUCGUACCUCUCGGACGGGCUGCACCUGUCGGACGGGGGCAGCAAGUUUGUGGAGCUGCAGCUGUGGCGCCUGCUGGAGAGGCGCGUGGCCCCGCUGCCCCUGAUCCUGCCCUACUGGGGAGAUGUGGACCCGCUGAACCCGGAGAGCAGCCUCCUGCCGGGGCCCCCAGCGCAGUAGCGCAGCGGGUGUCCUUCCUGCGCGGGCCGGGAGGAAGACCCAAUACUGGCUCCGCUCCUCUUCGCUGCACUGAAAGCAGCCGUACUGUAUGUGAUGCACCGGGGAGCUAGGCUACACUUUUUUCCCCAUUUUUCCCGGAGUUCAUCCACCAGCCAUUACAAGGUCUAGUUAAAAAGCAAUGUAAUUCUACCUUUCAGCUGUGUAGGUGGUCACAUGCGUCUGUACUUCCUUCAGAUGAUUUUUCUUAAACUGCUGCUUUUGCUGUACAGCAUUCCUCACGCGGUCUCCUACGGUCUCGUUGGCUGUCGCGGAGAAGAAACAAACUUGCGGAGAUUUCAGUGUUGAUUUUGACAAGUGUAUAAUAAAUCUAACAGAAACACA